AUGAGCGUCCGAACCGUCGAGCUUCGGCCCUUUCAAGACCAGAAGCCUGGAACUUCUGGUCUCCGCAAAAAGGUCAAGGUUUUCCAGAAGGAGAACUACUCCGAGUCGUUCAUCACCAGCAUUCUCAAGUCGAUCCCUGAGGGCGCUGAAGGUGCUUUCCUCGUCAUCGGCGGUGAUGGUCGUUACUGGAACCCCGAGGUCACGCAGUUGAUCGCCAAGAUCAGCGCAGCAUACGGAGUCAAGAAGCUCUUGAUCGGUCAGGAUGGUAUCCUCAGCACUCCAGCUGCCAGUCACAUCAUCAGGAUAAGGAAGGCCACCGGUGGUAUCCUGCUUACAGCCAGCCACAAUCCCGGAGGCCCUGAUGAGGACUUCGGUAUGAAGUACAACCUGGCCAACGGUGCCCCCGCCCCCGAGAGCGUCACCAACAAGAUCUUCGAGACCUCCCAGACUCUUACCUCGUACAAGAUCGCCGAUAUCCCCGACGUUGACCUGAGCAAGAUUGGCACACAGAAGGUGGGUGAUCUCGAGGUUGAGAUCAUUCACUCCACAGAGGACUACCUUGAGAUGCUUAAGAGCAUCUUCGACUUCGACCUUAUCAAGUCGUUCCUGAAGGAACACUCCGAUUUCAAGGUCCUCUUCGAUGGACUUAGCGGUGUCACUGGCUCGUACGGUGUUGACAUCUUCGAGAAGGAGCUUGGCAUUCCGAACAGCACACAGAACUGCGUUCCUCUGCCAGACUUCGGCGGACACCACCCCGACCCCAACCUCGUCUACGCCAAGUCUCUCGUCGACGCUGUGGACAAGAAUGGUGUUCACUUUGGUGCUGCCAGUGACGGCGAUGGUGAUCGAAACAUGAUUUACGGCGCAAAGUCGUUCGUCUCACCCGGUGACAGCUUGGCCAUCAUUGCCCACCACGCCGAGCUCAUCCCAUACUUUAAGAAGCAGGGCAUCUACGGUCUCGCACGAAGCAUGCCCACAUCUGGCGCGAUCGACCUCGUCGCAAAGAAGAAGGGUGUCGAGUGCUAUGAGGUGCCCACAGGGUGGAAGUUCUUCUGCGGUCUUUUCGACUCUGACAAGAUGAACAUCUGCGGUGAGGAGAGUUUUGGAACUGGCUCCAACCACAUCCGCGAGAAGGACGGUCUGUGGGCUGUGGUUGCCUGGCUCAACAUCAUCGCUGGUGUUGGACAGCAGACUGGCUCCACCCCCAGCAUUGCAUCAAUCCAAAAGGACUUCUGGAAGACAUACGGACGCACAUUCUUCACCCGCUACGACUACGAGGGCUGCGAGACCGAGGGCGCCAACAAGGUCACUGCCCACAUGAAGGAGCUUAUCACCACCAAGAAGGACGAGUUCGUUGGCUCCACCAUCGCCGGCCGCAAGGUGGUUGAGGCUGAUGACUUCUCGUACACCGAUCUCGACGGCAGUGUCAGCAAGAACCAGGGUAUUUUCGUCAAGUUCGACGAUGGUAGCCGCAUCGUCGUACGUCUUUCUGGUACAGGCAGCAGUGGUGCUACUAUCCGUCUCUACAUUGAAAAGCACACUAGCGACGAGUCCACAUACGACCAGGAUGCACAAGAUUUCCUCAAGGACAAUGUCAAGCUGGCAACGAACCUCCUGAAGCUGCAGGAAUACGUUGGCCGCACCGAGCCUGAUGUCAAGACCUAA